AUGAUAGAAGACCUGGCAAUUCUCGUCUCAUCACUUCCUCCCAGCCCUAACGCAUUGACGGCGGGGACACUUCUGCUUCCCAGCCCAAUAACUGCAUCUGCUGCUGAGAGCUGUGCCGGUUUGCCGAACUAUGCAACAGCGGUCACAUCAAGCAGGCGACUGAUUCGCUAUGUCAUGGGCAUGCUUAUUGUCUCUGGCUCUCUUGUAUCCGCGACUCUCUCCAUAGCGAUGUCGGUAGCAGGAACGAAACGAUGUCAUAUUGCUGCGAUUUGGGAGUCUGGAAGCCUGGUCUGGAUACAACUCGGCCUCAGGCCCAAUUAG